UCCUUUCGUUGUGGUCCUUACCCUCCUUUAUAACUUGAUCAUCAUUACCACUUUUCUUCCUGCAGGUCUAUUUUCUAACUACCAGUACGCCAUCCUCUUUACUGCUAUACUACUACUACUACCACUUCCCAUUGUGUUAGCUGCCAUUCAAACAAGCUUUGAGCCAUUAAUUUGUACCCCAAAAAGAAAAGGAGAAAAUUACUAGUAGUUGAAGAAUGUCAGGGAGAAGGUCGAGGCAAUCAUCAGAGGGGACGUCGAGGAUUUCAGAUGAUCAGAUCAUCGAACUGAUGUCCAAGUUGCAGCAACUUCUUCCUGAAAUUCGCACUCGUCGCACCAGCAAGGCAUCAGCAUCUAAGGUGCUUCAAGAAACAUGCAACUACAUAAGAAGCUUGCAUAAAGAGGUGGAUGAUCUCAGUGAUCGACUUUCUCAGUCGUUGUCCACCAUUGAUGCUGACAGUCCUGAAGCUGCAAUCAUUCGUAGUUUAUUAAUGUAAUUUUCAAUUUGUUCAUCAUAUAUAUUGAAUAGACGUAUUCUACUACCUAGUUCUUCGUUUCUUCUUCCGCUCUAGGCUUUUCUGGUCACUACUAUUCUCAUUAGUUAGCAUUUAGAACUUAAAUGUGUACGUAGUAUAUAUUGGACCUAAUAUAUAUUAUAAUUUAAUUUCCCCUUGCUUAUUAUAUGGACACGUGCUUGUAAUGAUGUUUCCCUAGCUUACAUAAUAAGAUCAUGUACUUGUGCUCAA